AUGUGGCUACUGUACAAAAUUGAAGACCAUAAACCAGCAAAGAUUUUUGAAGUUGUGACAAAAGUGCUGAAGAGAUGCAGCAACAAUGCUGCUACUGUCUACCUUGUGAAGGGCGUGAACGAGUGCAAAAGCUGCCAGAACGAGAUCACUGACCCGGCUGAGCUGCCCUGCGGUCACAUUUUCUGCACUCAGUGCAUCCGGGAGUGGAACAUCAGGCAGUGCAAGAUCUGCAAGGAGAGCGUCCCCGAGGAUUACGUGCCCACCGCCUCCCAGAUCACCAGGGAGGCAGUUGCAAGUCACAACAAAUUCAGGAGGAAGUGCAACUCGUUCUUUGUGGAGUUUGUCAGUAGUUACUGUUUUGGGGACAAAAUCCCACCAUCUGCAGAGAUCAUCGAACAACUGAUUAAGUUCGUGGCUUGCAAACCUUCUAACUCAGAACAUCAAGAGAUUAGAAAGGAAGACGCCAGCCAGAAUUCGGAGCACGUGCUCUCCACUGCAGAUCUGUCUGCUCCCCGCUCUGCCGCCGUCACCAGCAUUGAAGACCUGCAGUUCAUUGCUAAGCUCCGACUCGCCAUCGGUAACGUCGCAGCUGUGCUUGGCAGAGAGCUGCCAAGUGGUGAGUGGAGUUUCUAA